CACUAUCAAUAAUUGUCACUGUCACUGUCAGUAAUGAAAAUUUUUGAUUAUAAUUAUAAAAUUAGUCAUUUAUAAUUGAGAAUUAACAAUCUUUUGAUAUUGUAUAAUGGUGGUAAAAUUUCCUCCUGUAACAGCGGAGGUAAAGCCUCUUGCUCAUCUUUUAAAACUGGCUGAUGAGCAUGACGAAAGAAAUCUAGUAGUAGCCUACUGGGCUAGAAUGGCAGCCUGCUUGUUAGCUCUUCAAUUAGUUCCUGGCAAGAAGAGUCCAGAGACAGCAGCACUGAUAAAAUCGUUAUUGGAUUGGUUAGAACAAACAAAACAAGCAAAUGCUGAUAAUGAGGGAAUCACAAGUGAAACUAUAGCACAGUCUCUCAUUGAAGAAUAUGCUCUACGAUUGUUUAGUCAUGCAGAUGAACAGGAUCGUGCAGAAAUAUUUAAUAAAAAUACUGUAAAGACUUUUUAUACUGCUGGUAUGUUGAUGGAUGUUCUAGACCAGUUUGGCAAUCUAGCUGAAGACAUUAGAGAAAAACGUAAAUAUGCUAAGUGGAAAGCAGCUUACAUCCAUAAUUGCUUAAAAGCUGGGGAUACACCAAUGCCCGGUCCUCCCAGACCAUAUAAUGACGAAGAUUCUGAUGGUAUUGUACACAACAGUCAAUUGAGUCAAGAAGAGCUUUCUACAUUUUCAAAAUAUACUGGACCUGGAACUGUUGAUGUUCAACCAAAACCAGCAGAUCCACCACUGCCUCCAUCAGACGAUCCCUUUAACCCCCCAAAGCCUCUAAUUCCCCCUGAUGACCCUUUCACUCACGCUCCUGCUUCAUCACCCAUAACUCCUCAAUACCCAACAAAUAUUCAACCUCAAGUCCCAUCUCCUUACAAUCCACCCCCAUCAGUAUCUUCUCCAUUUGAUGCAGUACCUUCUACCCCAUCUCCUUCAAGUGCAGUGAUUCCCACCCCUCAGCCAAGACAAUCACCAUCAUCAACUGGGUACACUCCAACAUCCCAAGACAUACAAAAGGCACAGAAGUUCUCCAAGUUUGCCACAUCAGCCUUAAAUUAUGAUGAUACUAAAACAGCUUUAGAUUAUCUUCAGAAAGCCAUGAAUUUGUUAGUUUGUGGAAAAGAAGAUUAAGCAAUUUUAUUGAUGAGAUUUGUAUAUGCAAUUUUUAAGAGAUAUUUGUUGUUGAAAAGAGAUUAGAUCAUAUAUCUAAUCUCUUUGGUGGUGGGGUCCACCCACCAACUAUCUUCGUAGCCAUAAAACAUAAAAUAAUAAUUUUUUUAGCUUUUGGCGUACAGGGUAAUAUUAUUUCAAAAGUAUGUAGUGUGUGUUAGUUCAUUAUAUAAAUAUUAUUAUGAUAAUACAAUAAAAGUUGAUGCAGCCAUCCACUCAAGACACCUGAGCGUUGGAGCAAAGAAGUUCAUUGGAUCGUUAGGGUAUGUUCGUAGCUCACAUUCCGCGACCAAAUGACCGAUUGGAUUGGCUAGAAGCUUCAAAGUCAUAGUCUGAUGAUGGAAGUUUCCCUGACUUGUAUAUACUUUCUGCACCUACACUGUAUUCAUAUAUCAAAAUUGUCAUUUUUGUUGGAUGUCACGUAGGUAGCCAAGAGAGUUCUCAUUCCAUAAUCCCAACCAUCUACCAUCGAGGUAGAAGUCAUCAUCCUGAAAUCCGAAACUGAGAUAUCUGAACUACUUUAGCUGUAUAUUGUUUUUGUGAUGUAAAUCAUACAAAACAGUGGAAGGUCGAUAUUUCGUAAAAAUACUAAAAUAAAAAUAAUAAUAAUUAAUAUAUAUAAAUAAUAAAAACGUGGUAUUAUAAAAAGUUCUUUUUUUAUAAAAGCGUACCUAAUUAUUUUUAUGAUUAAUUUUCCUGGUCUUUUUUCAUUCUAUGUCCCGGUUUUGGGCCAGCUGACAUAUAUUUUGUUAAUAAGCUUUGGAACAACUGACUAUAUAUAAAAAAAACAGCCAUGCCAAAAUGCUCCGGUCAAAUUUGACACUACCUCCCGGACUAAAAUGUUUCUAGUGAUAUAUUGAGUGUCACAAGAGCUUUCAAAUGAAGUAUCAGAAGUCACAUAUUGACUUUUAAAGAAACGUCAUACUAUCAAUAUGGUCAAAACUGGAAAAAAUAAGGUUUGCGUCUCAGCUGAUCAAAUUAUAAGUUUUACACAGUUAUCAUUAAACAUUUAACCGUCGCUAUUUUGAAAUAUUUGAGACAAGAUGUUUCAAAUGAGUAAUUACUUGCCAUUAGAUCCCAUUUAAAAUCAUAUAUUUUUGUAUCAAAUAAUUUAUAUAUUAAUGUAAUGUGUAGUGUACCUGUUUAUAUUAAUACUACAUAUAUUUUGUAGAGGGUUAUUUAAGAUACUUAAUACUGUUUUCAUGUCAAUCUUCUACUUCUUUCGAUGCCGUGCCUGUGUUAAACGGCACGGAAAUAACAUUAAACCUUUCUCGAUCUUUUUUCUGCACAGAAAAUUUGCUUUUUGUCCCUGAUUUCUUAAUCAUGAGAGCCUUGUAUGACAACAAUCUCUUCUACUUACACCUGGUAAUCAAUCGAGGAACAUGGUAUAGGUAUACUGCCUCUCAUUGUUUGGCCAAAGUAGCUAACUUUUCUUAACCACCACUACAUCCCAAAUGCCUCUAUUUUAUUUAUUGUAUUGACCGUAUCGUCUAUGUUUCGUAACUAUAAAGCAAAAUAAACCACACAUAACAUUUGAGUGUUCUUACUCUCGUUUCAGUAGUUAGGUUUAUGUUGAUGGAAGUGCAGGUUUCCAUUUUAGCCUUUACUUAUUUGUCGCAUGUGAUUUCAUUGUUUGGCCAACUUCACAAAUAUUUAAAGUAUUAUACUAAUUCAAUAGUAUGCCCCAAUCAUUAUUGGUGUUUGUGUAAUACGAAUUUUAUCUACGGCCAUCAAUUUUGUUUGUUAGAACAUAAUAUAUGGAUAUAUUUCGUUAUCGAGAAGCUUUACCAAUUCAGCAGGAAUUUUAUCUGAUCCGAAUUCAUUUUAUAUUGAUACUUCAUAUCAAUAAUUAAUUUUUCUCUUUACUUAUUACCCAUAAUAACCAUAAAGCAAACAUGGAGUGCAAUCAAUAGAACAAGAGAAUGCUGUAGAUUUUUAGGUUUUGAAAUGUUCAGUCAGUUAUGCUCAAAGCUCUUGUUAACCACACUAUUUAACUAAAAUAGAUUCCACACUGGAAUAUAUGUAUACUGAUUUGUUUAUGAUUGGAAUAAACUAAUGUUAACGGUAGUUCUUUCUCUUAAAAAUUGCAGAUAUUAAAAUAAGUGAUGUACAGAUGUGCUUUAAUAUAGUUUUAAAUUUCGUACAAUAUUUAACCUGAAUUUAAAAUCUAUGCUUUCAUCCUAUGGAAAUCAAUAUAUUAUUAUGAAAAAACGUUUAUCUUUAAUUUUAUAACUUGUUUAAAAAAUAACCAGUAAAACCCAUUAUAAAAAUACAGUUAUGUAUGUAAUAGAUAUUGCGGUGUUAACAUCAGACAGCUAUGUUUAAUGUAGCAGCAGUUCAGUGUAACCUUUUUUUAAGAAGUUAUUUGGAAUGUUAUUACAUUACAUAUUGUUGGUUUCUAUGGAAAACUAUUGCAGUGGUAGAAAAAAUAAGUAAAAUUUUAAAAAGAAAAUAAAGGACUUAGUGCGUAAACAUUAUAUCGUGGGCGUACUGGGAAAAUCCACUAACUCCAUUUUUUUUUUCAAUUUUGACAUUUUAAUACCAUUAAAUCCACAAACAUCAAUAUGUUAACAGGAAAAACCGUAUAUCUCCAAAUUCGUCACCCACCGUGCAUAAAUCGGUACAUUCAAUGACAAAGAAAAUCAACUAACUCCAUAUUUUUCUAAGUUUUCAUGAAUAAAAUAAUGUUUUUCCACAUUUUUAUAUACAUGUAUGUGCACACCGGCUUUGGUUAACAUCCUUUAAAAUCAUAUCCAGGUACUAAAACUUGAACAGCUAGUGUAUCCGAUUUUUAAGAGGUAAGCCAUAAGGUAUAAUAAUGUUUAAAUGCGUUUUUCUCAAAACUUUACUUUUGCGAGUUAGUGGAUUUUCCCAGUACGCCCACGAUAUGGUAGUUGUUUAAUUAUUAACCAUAGAUAUUAAAAGUAAGCUAACAACUAAUUUGAAAUAUUUUUUAAAAGUUUAAAGUCAACUGCUGUUGGUAUAGCAUAGUCUGAUAUUAUUACUUUUUACUUAGUCCUUUGUUACACAUGCCUAAAAAUGAAAAUAAAUACUAGUUUUGUAUCUAAUGCAAAAUAAAUGUUAACAUUA